UUUUCCGUUGAAAUCUCAAAUCAGUUAAAAUUUUAUUUUAUUUAUACUUUUUCAAUUAGUUUUGUAAAAUAAAAAGUUGUUUUUUAAGUGAAAAAUUAUGAAAACUCUUUGUUUUAACAAUAAUAUUAAUAUCCUCAAUUGAUUGAAUUAAUUUAUUUGAAAAAUGGAUUUCACGCAAGAGAUUGAUCGUCAUUCCACAUUAAGUUCGACAAACAGUUCCGCACUAUCAGUAGAUUCAAGACAAUUUGAGAGCGAUGUAAUUCCCGAGAUGCAGGAAAAAUUAAAAAUACUAACAGACGGAAUAGUUGAGAGUGUUGCAGAAAAUGUGGCACUUGAAAAUGAAAUGUCAUUAUUUUUAAAAGAAAUUGGCAUUGAAUUUAAAUUAUUGCCAAAUGACAUUAAAGAUGGUCUUAAUAAAGUUUGUGACAUUUUAAAAGUCGAAGGAUUAAGCGACAUGGAUUUGUCAACAUUAGAAAUACACAUGCAACAAAAGGAAUUUGAAAAUAAACAAAAAACUCGCGAAGAAGCUGAAUUCAAAAUGAAUUAUGAUAUUGUAUUUAAAAAAUAUAAACGAAUACAAGAAAAAGUUGAUUCAGUGAAAAAUUCCAUUCAAUCAUUGGAGAGGAAAAUUAUUAAUUGGAAUGAGGAGAAAAAUGAGGAAUCUGAAAGAUUGUUAAUUCUUUCGAAAUUAGAUACUUAUAGAGGUAAAAUUGUCAAAAUGAAUGAGCAAUUAAAAAAUUUAAAUAUCAACGAUUUACAUCCUGAUAUAAUAAUAAAAUCAUCAUAUCUAUGCAUGGAGAAAUUGGAUGAAUUAAAUGAAUUAAACAGAAAUUUGAGUAAAUAUGCAGAUUUACCGCCGAAUUUAUUACAAGCAAAGAGUGCCCUUGAAAGUAAAAAAAAGGAACUAGAGAAGAUUGAGAAGACAAUUAUUGAGAGACUUAUGUGACGCGCAAGAAUAGUUGUAAAUUUUUCUAUUUGUUUUUUAAUCCGAAGAUAAUAAAAAAAGUAAGUAAAUAAUAAAAAAAAAA